UUGGCGCAUGCGCACAGGGAGACUGCCGAACUACCCCCUCUGCCCCUUUGCCGAAGUCAUGUUGGGGUCUGAACCCGAGCGUGUGCUGCGCUACCUGAGCGAGGUAGAGGAGUUGGCCGAGGAGGUGCUGGCCGACAAGCAGCAGAUAGUGGACCUGGACUUGAAAAGGAACCAGAACCGGGAGGCCCUGAGGGCCCUUCAGAGAGACUCCAGCCAGUCGGAUAAAGUGAUGGUUUGCUUUGGAAACAUGUUCAUCAAGCUUCCCCGACCACGGACAAAGGAAAUGAUUGAGAAAGAUCAGGAGCGCCUGGAUGAGGAGAUAGAGAAACUCCGGAAACAGCUGAAAGGGAAGGUCAACCGUCUCUUAGAAGCCCAAGGUAAACCAGAGUUGAAAGGAUUUAACCUGAAGCCCCUGAGCCAGGAGGAGAUGAGAGCCAUUCAUGUCAUCUUGAAAGGAUGAGGUUCAGCAACCAAGGACCAGAAUGGGGAUUUAAACUGUUGACCCCCAUCUACCCACAGAAGAACUGCUUCACAACCAUGGCGAUAGGGUAUGGUUGGAACUAGCUUUACAGAUCAGAUAGCAGUUUGAUACUGAAGACUUUUGUUUACAGGAUUUGGCUGCUCUAUUAAGGCUAGGAACCUACAGCCUGUUAUUAUCCACCCAGGACACCACCAGGGUGGGCAGAAACACCAAGCCUAUUGAUAGUCCUUGGAGAAGAUCCAGGAUGAGAGGCUGGGGCAGCAGCAGUGGGAGCAUUAGAAUGACUGCCACAGGCACUUCCAACAAUGUCCUGCUGUCUGGGAGGGUGCGUUUUUCCUUUGCCUCAGACCCACAGUUUGACUAUUGUUCUAGGUCUGGAGAAGGGAGUGGGAGAGAGUGAGUACUUCAUUCCAGCAUGACCCCUCCCUUCCCUGCCCUGGCUGUGGGGAAAGGAUGGAGACGAGAGACUUGGUAGGACAGUGAUGGAGCUUUAUAACAGGUAGGAAUAGAACAGCAAAGCUCAAUGGUGGUUUGUGAUAGACAGGAAACCUUCUCUAUUUGUGGUUCACCACACAGCUCGUGCAACUAGUGCUGAAGACAGAGCUCACGUUUUCCAACGCAGCUCCCCCUUUACAAUCCUUUUUGAGUUCUGAUUACAUCAGAGCUUUUAAUAGACUCCUGUUAAUAUCUUGUAGAUCAGACUGAGACUUUGUCUCCUAAACCUCUCAGGCAAAGGGAAAUUACCCAGGUAGUCGUUCCUUCAGUAAUUAUAGGGGUUAGGGGCACCUUAGUGAACAUUCCCUGGUAAUAGUGCCCCUAUCUACACUCCCAUAGCUUCAUAGAAUUUCAAGGUGGACACACCACAGGACUAUGCCAAAUGAACCUCCUAAGAGCCCUAAAAAAAAACUGAGCAGAAUAAAGACCCUGGAUGGAA